AUGUUAACAAUGGAUAAGUGCAAACACAUUGGGCAGUUGAGGCUUGCUCAAGAACAUUCCAUCCUCGACCCUCAGAAAUGGCACUGUGUGGACUGCAAUACGACUGAGUCUAUUUGGGCUUGCCUUAGCUGUUCCCAUGUUGCCUGUGGAAGAUAUAUUGAAGAGCAUGCACUCAAGCACUUUCAAGAAAGCAGCCAUCCUGUUGCAUUGGAGGUGAAUGAGAUGUAUGUUUUCUGUUACCUUUGUGAUGAUUAUGUUCUUAAUGAUAAUGCAGCUGGAGACCUGAAGUUACUACGAAAUAUGUUAAGUGCAAUCAAAAGUCAAAAUUAUCACUGCAGUACUCGUAGUGGAAUGGUUUUACGGUCUAUGGAUACAAGUGAUGAUUCUUAUUUCUUACGUGAUUGUGCCCAAUCUCUGCUUCAAAAUGAAGAUCAAAUGUAUACUGCUCUUUGGCACAGGAGAAGGAUGCUAAUGGGUAAAAUCUUUCGAACUUGGUUGGAACAAUCGCCCAUUGGAAGAAAAAGACAAGAAGAACAAUUUCAGGAAAAAAUAAUAGCAAAAAGAGAAGUGAAGAAAAGACGGCAAGAAUUAGAGUAUCAAGUAAGAGCAGAAUUGGAAAGUAUGUCUCCAAGAAAGAGUUUACGUUUGCAAGGUCUAGGUCAGUCCCCUGCAACAGAAAUAGUUCCUGUUCAAGUACCACCACAAACUGCAGCAUCACCGGCAAAAGAUAAAGUAGUAUCUACCUCAGAAGAUGUAAAAUUUAAAAAAGUCAGUGACUCCUCAGUUAAACGAAGGACAGUAAUAACUCCUGGUGUAACAGGAUUGAGAAAUUUGGGAAAUACUUGCUAUAUGAAUUCUGUUCUUCAAGUGUUGAGUCAUUUACUUAUUUUUCGACAAUGUUUUUUAAAGCUUGAUUUGAACCAAUGGCUGGCUGUGACUGCUAGUGAUAAGACAAGAUCUUCUCAUAAGCAUCCACCAGUCAUGAAUACAGUAGUACAUCAAAUGAAUGAAUGCCAAGAAAAAGAUAUAGGCUUUGUUCGCUCCAGACAUCUAAAUUUAUCAUCAGGACUAAGUGGUGGAGCAUCAAAAAGUAGAAAGAUGGAGCUUAUUCAGCCAAGGGAGCCAAGUUCACAAUACAUUUCUCUUUGUCAUGAAUUGCAUACUUUGUUCCAAAUCAUGUGGUCUGGAAAGUGGGCCUUGGUGUCGCCAUUUGCCAUGCUGCACUCAGUGUGGAGACUGAUUCCUGCUUUUCGUGGUUAUGCCCAACAAGAUGCUCAGGAAUUUCUUUGUGAACUUUUGGAUAAAGUACAGCAUGAACUAGAGACAACUGGUACCAGCUUACAGGCUCUUAUCCCUACUUCUCAAAGGAAACUUAUCAAACAAGUUCUAAAUGUUGUAAAUAACAUUUUUCUUGGACAACUUCUUAGUCAGGUUACCUGUCUUGCAUGUGAUAACAAAUCAAAUACCAUAGAACCUUUCUGGGACCUGUCACUGGAAUUUCCAGAAAGAUAUCAAUGCAGUGGAAAAGAUAUUGCUUCCCAGCCAUGUCUGGUUACUGAAAUGUUGGCCAAAUUUACAGAAACUGAAGCUUUAGAAGGAAAAAUCUACUUAUGUGAGCAGUGUAACUCAAAGCGUAGAAAGUUUUCCUCAAAACCAGUUGUACUCACAGAAGCCCAAAAACAGCUUAUGAUAUGCCACCUACCUCAGGUUCUCAGACUACACCUCAAACGAUUCAGGUGGUCAGGACGUAAUAACCGAGAGAAGAUUGGUAUUCAUGUUGGCUUUGAGGAAAUCUUAAACAUGGAGCCCUAUUGCUGCAGAGAGACCCUGAAAUCCCUCAGACCAGAAUGCUUUAUCUAUGACUUAUCUGCUGUAGUAAUGCACCAUGGGAAAGGAUUUGGCUCAGGACACUACACUGCCUACUGCUAUAACUCUGAAGGAGGGUUCUGGGUACACUGCAAUGAUUCCAAGCUAAGCAUGUGCACUAUGGAUGAAGUAUGCAAGGCCCAAGCUUAUAUCUUGUUUUAUACUCAGCGAGUUACUGAGAAUGGACAUUCUAAACUUUUGCCUCCAGAGCUCCUGUCUGGUAGCCAGCAUCCCAGUGAAGAAAUUGAUACCUCUUCUAAUGAAAUCCUUAGCUGA